AAUGGAGCUUUAUGGCCCAUGAUGCUCGGAAGCACUCGAAAGGGCAAUCGGCAUCUUUCGACCUUGGCCUUGGCGAAUAAAAAAAAACGCGGAUUGUUUCUAACGCGAGACACCUGUCAACUUUAUCUUUUUGUUGCUUUAUUUGGCCGUUAUUAACGAUGUAGGUAUAGGUUCGUGCAAAAAAAAAAAAAUACGUCGUAAGUCGCGUCAUGAACAAUUGUGCAUCACGGUGUCGCGAUUGUGUUAUCACCUCUUAGCGACAAAAAAUUGACAUUUAUUAUGUACACCAGAUUUCUUUCUCGUCGACUGUGCCAGGGCUUCGUGUCAUCGAGUUGUUAUCGCAGAAAACGAUACGCGCCGACGAGUUGUCGACAACUUUUAGAAAUUACGUUUAAUCGUCCGUGUGCGAGCAACCUGACACGGACGUUGUACUCUUCAAACAUACCUUACCGGGAAACUGAUCCUAUAACCUUGUCUGAAAACGGAAUGGCGCUUAAUGUCAAGUAUGAAGAAUUGCUGCAAGCACAAAAGGAUGCUAAUGUUUUGAUUGUUGAUGUUAGAGAGCCCUCUGAGAUAAACGAGACUGGCGCAUUACCAGGAAGUAUUCAUAUUCCAAUGAAUGAUGUCUGUAAUGAAUUCUCAAAUCUUUCUGAGGAUGAGUUUCUGGAAAAGUAUGGCAGACCUAAACCAACUAAAGACACAAAAAUCAUAUUUAGCUGCCGCUCUGGCAGAAGAUCUGCGAGUGUGCAAGAGAGUGUACAGAAAUUAGGAUACACACAAGCAUAUAAUUUCACUGGAGGCUGGUUGGAAUGGGAGCAAAAAGAAAGUGAAAAAAAAUAAAAAAGGAAAGAAAGAAAAAGUAGUCAAGUGUAAAAGGGAGAUUAUCGUGACAACGUUGUUAAUAGAAUAUUUCCAUUAUUGCACCGACUUUUAAUACAUAUAAUGAUUUUGAGACGUUAUAUUUUUACGCAAUUAAUAAAAGGUAAAGUUUUAUUUUGUUGCAAUGGA